CAAUGAAAAAGACACAUAAACCUUCUCAUUGAUUAAUUUCAAGUUUAGGAACAAGAAUCUUAAUAUCACUACAAUAUUUCCUUCACCUACUCAUCCAAAUGUUGCACUCUCACUUACACCACAAUCACCAAUUUCUCUUCACAAACCUCCCAAUUUCCUUAACAACCCACCACUUUUCUUCACCAUCUCCUCUUCAUAAAUUUCAUCAUAAUUCUCACACUAUUUAUGCCAUUAAUCCUUCUCAAGAAGUAUUUUUACCGUUGCUAAAUAAAUUAAUCACUGCAAAAGUGGAAUUAAGCCCUAUUUUUGAUGCUAUAGAUGAGUCUUCUUCAAACCAAGUAACUAUCAGUGUUGUUCUCUCAGUAGCUAUUGCUGUUUUCUUAUUUCCCACUAUCCAGCGCCGGAUCAAAAGAGCAAAACAAUUGAAAUAUAGGUCUUCUGGGGUGAAGAAGUCAUCAUUGAAUAGCACAAAAGGACUUAUGGGAUCAACUAGAAAGAAAUCUAAGAAUCCACCUUCACCAGAUAAAGCAUUGUUAGGAGCAGUUAUGGCUGGUGUUAUUGCUGUUAUUCUCUAUAGGUUUACAACAACUAUUGAAGCAUCUCUAUAUCGCCAAACAAUUUCAGACAAUUUCUCGGUUCGCCAGAUAACAAUCACCAUAAGAACGGUAAUAAAUGGCUUAUGCUACCUUGCUACAUUUGUAUAUGGCAUAAACUCUUUUGGUUUAUUGCUUUAUUCUGGCCAACUUGCACUCAACACCUAUGAGAAAGGGUCAUCAAGUGGAAAGAAAAUUGAAAGCAAAAUCAUGGAGAAUCACAUAAAUAGCAACAAAAAUGAAGAUCAAAGUUCAAAUAAUUCACAAUGAUGAAAGUCCAAUAGUUGCUACUACUACAUGUUGGUUUUUUAAUAGGUGCUUAGGGUGUCCUUAUACAUGUGCAUAAUGUUUGUAAGUAAAUACAAUUUAACAUUUACACUAGUACAUAUUGUCCAUAAUUUAAUAUUAAAACAAUUUUACUUGCAGGAGUA